AUGCCCGAGCUACCCCAGAAUGGCUGCGAGUUUCCAGAAAAGGAAGUGAGUGAAGUCGAGGGUGCCCUUUCGUUCCAUCAAAGGAUUCAGACCCCACUCCUUUCAAGGGGACACUGUGACUGCCAUGGCACAAAUAACACGGGGGUAAAAGGCAAGGAUUCGAUUUGCAACGAUCCCCGCUUGGGUCCGAAAGAGCUGCCGAAGAAGCUCCCACUGCUGUCUUUUGUGAGCGACUACGAUCGAUUCGGAGGCCAGAAGCCAGGGGAUUUCCUUGCUAAGUGGACCAACGCGACAACCGGCUGGUGGGUCUAUCCCGAAAAGGAUGGAUAUUACCUGGAUCUGAAUGGGAACCCCAUUGUUGGUAAUAUGACCCUGCAGGUGGGGGCGUUGGUCGAUCGAUUUGGUGAGGAGACAGGCAAAUAUGUGUCCGCAGCCGAUUCGCCAUAUGACCAACGCUCUCUACCGCCAAAUAACCUGAACACCUCGCCUGAUGGCAUAUAUCCGAACAGUUACCACGUCUAUAUGGUUGCAAAACCGCUUGUCGUGGAGGGAGGACCGAUUGCACCUUGGUUCGGGCAGCCUGGGCUGGGUGCUCAGUUUUAUAUUGGUAGGACUGGAAGCGUUGAAAAGUUGAUUGAGCUAGGGUAUUUGGAAAGGGUGCAUAAGAGUGACGUGAAGAUCGGUCCUGGGAAUGGCGGUGACUGUGGCCUGUGA